GACGGUGGGUGGGGCAUGUGGUCGACCUGGUCUCUGCCGACAGGACCAGCCAAUACGAUCACAAGAACGAGAUUGUGUGACCACCCAGCACCACAGUUUAAUGGGCAGCCAUGUGUCGGAAACAACACGGAGAAUCAAGAUGUCCAGGUUGACGGUUUGUGGGGCGAGUGGUCACCGUGGUCUGAGCCGAAGGACGGCGUGUUGAACAGAAUUCGUUUGUGCAACAACCCCGCGCCCUUGUACGGCGGUGCUGAUUGCGCUGGU